AUGGAAUUCUAUCGUAAUGGUGAUAUCAAUUUGGAAGAGAAAACUUUUAAAAUCACUUCUAUAAGGCAUAAAUCAUCCUGUGCUAAAAUUCUCAUCUCUCAACAAAUAUUACGAAGGGAAAUAGAGUACUUUCAAAUUCCCCCAAAAUUGAGCUGUGAACGAAGUGGAGCUGCAUUGAAACCAAGUGUGAAAUAUGAUAAUUUGAGUAGUAAAUUCUGCAACAGACAUACAGCACGGAUUAUGGCUCAAUAUCCAUCAAUUGGAUUGAGCGGCGUGAACCACUCGUUCGACUUAACUACUUAUCCAGAGACAAUGCUUGUUAGUAUGUUCGGUCCAACCAAUGCUGCAAUGCUUAAGCCCACACAUCCUGAUGGUAACGAAUAUUUUAUUGAUAUGCCUUUUUAUUAUAUCAUGGAAUUUUAUCGUAAUGACGAUACAGAACUUGCUGAACGAAGUGGUGCUACAUUGGUAGACGAAUUUGCUGAUUUAAAAGAUGAAAUUGAGAUUUAUAUUCCCAAAUGA